AUUUUAUCCUGUUUUUGUUUGGUCUUUUGAACAUGAGCUGGUGUCGCCGGCUUUCGAGGUGCUUUCGUACUGGGCUCAGUUUUAGAUUUCCGCGGGGAAGGUGCGGUGACUCGGAGCCAGAUGGGGGCGAAGAAGUGCUCUCCGUAUCAUUAUGUUCAAGUUGUGUCUGACCCUAAGAUCUUGUCUGAUUUAGGGAUAAGGAACUGACAAGAUGGCCCUGGGAUGAGAGGCAGUCGGUGUCUUCACUCUUCUUAAGACUGCCAUCUUUUCCCCAUUCCGAACAGGGCCACUUUGAGAGUCCCAGUCUCACUCCAGUGCACUUGCUGCUCCGAGAUUAUAGAAAGCACCAUAUAUUCAUGACGCUAAAUCCAGUGGUCAAUACGUAAAAUCUGCAUUAUUUUUUGUAGAUUUUGUCAUUUAUUAAGUUUUGUCUCUUAUGCCUUCAAGUAAAGUGAUUCACGUUUUUCAGCCUGUCAAUCAAACAGGGGGCGGGCUGACUCUACGUCACCAUGACUCUUCCAUUACUGCGAGCUGUUUCGAAUCUGAUAUUAGUGUGAUAAUCUUUCAAUUCUUAGCCUGGGAUUAUCGGUGGUUAGGCCUAUACACCCCCCCGUAUUAUCAGUCAGAACGGCUUUAGCGCUUUGAUAGUAGUGAGAGACCCAUAGACCAAUUCACUUAACCAUUAUAAUAACCACGAUUUAUUAAGAAAAAAUCGUGCGUCCCGUUUAUUUUAAUCAUUUCCUUAACUAAUUUCCAUCCAAGGUAGGCCUAUUCGUUUGUUCUCAAACAAGGCCAUCUAGUUAGACCCACUGAUGCAGAGCGAAUGGGAUUUAAGAUACGGUGCGGCACGUCAACUCACUAAGCGUCACAACGUUUUAUCAAUGAAAUAAAAGCAAAUUUCUGCGAGUUUUUUUUUUUUUUUUUUUUGCGGAUUUGGGGUAGGCGGCCAGCAGGGGGAGACACUGGCCUGAGUAAUUUCCACCUACCUGAAGGUUCUUAUCCUUCCUGGACUAUGGAGAGUCUCCCCAUGUCCAAAAUACCAGAGACCAGCUGCACCCCUCGUGUAUGUAACAGAGACGCCGGAUUAAGAUUAACAGAUCCGUUCUGUGGGCACCCUCUGACAUCACCACCUUGUGCUUGGUCAUUUUGGGGCUAAUUUUAAGUCCCGUUUGUUCACCACGGGUAAUUAGUUUGCCUUUGUUUAUUCCUGCCUUUAUAUGUACGGUGUUUAAAUGCCUUCAGCGCAGUCAUUCAAGGGUGGUGUCUGCUGCAGAAGGUACAGUUUUCUUUUUUGAGACGGCAUUCUAUUCCGACUGAAUCAUAGCUUACCCUAGAGGGCUUUUAAAGGAAAAGUCGUAUAUCCUUCACAGUCGGCCGAAAAUACAGUAGCAGGGCUGCCUGAGUGGAUCUGGGUCGAUUUCGCGCGGUGUUUGUAAAAUGCUAUUCACUUGCAGCAGACACGAUAGAGGACUGAUUGUACAUUCAUCCAUUCAUAGGUGAAGCGAUCAAAACAAUUAUAUUAAAGGAGCCGUUAAAUGAGCAAGGGUGUUUAGAAAGGGCAUUUGUCAGUCUGCUAGCAGUCUCUGGCUGCUAGUGUGAUCUCACCUGAGGAAAGGGAUUCGUGUGGUAGAGGACAGUUCAGCUAAGAACAUAUUUCUGGUAGCUGAUGAUCUGUUAUGUUCAGCUGAGUCAGACCCCGAGCCAGAAUCCAUGAAGGACAUAAUGGAGGGAGGACGUCUGUACUGUUCACAAGGGUGAAAUCACUGCAUGAAAAUAAUUACUGCUGAAGUACCCACCCCUAAGCCCCCCACCCCAAGUUGUGGAUAAUGAUGCGUUCCAUUUACCUCGGAGGUCAGAUCUCGGAACUAGGAAUGACAUCAUACACGACUUAAGUGUUCCAAUACAGAAAGUCGGAAAGCCAUUUAGCAGUUCCAGGAACCCAUUUUAAAAACCCGGAUAAGUUGUGGGAUUUAAUUUACCCCAAUUCAAAUGGCCUUUUUCUUCGUUCACUUACAUUUAGCCCAGAUGACCUUAAAUCUGACAAGUUGUCUGCUUAAGCAGGAAAUCCUGCUUAAUGAAUUGGGUCCCAGUCUAAGCCCGGUUAAAUGUUGACUAUUGUUAGUAAUAUCAGUGGAGAACAACACAUUACGUAGUAUUUUGCAUAGCGACACGUCCGCAGAUAUUGGUUGGACAGUACUGUGUGUACAAUCAAUUUAAUGAGACACAAAUAAGAUGCGAGUUUUAACUAAUGUUGAUAAAGGUCGUAGCCAUCUUGAAUUCCGAGUUUGUGGUUUUGCUUAUUCUUCCAACUUCAUGGGUUGGAAUUCCAACUUCAGGGGGUGUUCCAAUUGGAAUUUCCGUCUAGGAACUCGAAAUUUACGAGUUCAAAUGGAAUGCUGCGUAAUUGUAGCCGUUCUGUUCCUCCAGGCGUUGGACAGACUCAGGCCAUACCUCUGUGACAAGAUCACAGCAGAACGGCACUUCGAUUACUUGCGUUCGAAGAAGAUCCUGACCCGCGAGGACACUGAGGAGAUCAGCUGGAAGGUGACGAGCCGCCAGAAGACGAGCAAGCUUCUGGACUACCUGGCCGAGAACCCCAAGGGUUUGGACACCCUCAUCGAGUCCAUUCAGAACACCCGGUGCUCGGACUUCAUCAUCACCAAGAUCACCGACGAGGUCCAGAGGCUGAAGAACGAGAGGAUUGAGUCCCUCAAAGCAUCUUACAGCGCCUUCUUGCCAACGAAAAGCACAGGGGCGACGAAUGACCUCUCCCGGACAUUCUCAGACGACUCCAAUUUCGACAAGGGCUGCGUCUCCACCCUGCUGUUUCACCCUGAAGGAGAGUGGAGUCCCUCGGUCUCCUCCACUACGGCCUCGCUGAACGUUCCUCACGGGCCGACCUCGGAGGCCGCGCCCCUGUGCAGCAGCGUCAUCAGGUCGGCCACAUCCGGCCUUCCGAGGCCCGGCGAUGAUGGGGCACCCCCGCUGCCUCCUGAGCUGCAGGCGGAGGCCGAGGGAGCCUGUGGGAGCACGACAGGCAGUGACUCCGCUUUCCAGCCCCUGCGUUCACGCUGCAUCUCGCAGCCCCGCCAGAAUGCCCCCCUCCAGAGCUCCCGGUGAGCCCCCCCCCCCCCCACAAGCUGGCACCCACCUCCCCAGGGAUCAGCCCACUGUGUAACCUCAUAGGCAGAGGUGGAAAAUUCAACUCCAGUAACUACAAAUCCAGAUCAAGGUUUUGUUUCAACCAACUAGUUGAGUACUCAGUGACUGUGACUCUUUAUGCUAAACUGGGUGGUUGAUUUGUAGUUACUGGGCCGGAAUGUUCCACCUCUGCUCACAGGUGCUGUGCACUUUUCAAUAUCCUGCUCUCACUUCGUUGUUUCCCACAUUUUAUCUCUCGGCCCCCAUUACCAAGGUUUGGCCCUCAGUGAAAAAGGGACCUUUUUAGCAGAACGGUGUGGCACCAUGACACAGGACAUUAUAGCCUUAGCAUGCUACCGCAUAUAUGACUUUCUCAUUUUUUUAAACAUAGCUACCUGGUAUAACAUGUAGCAUGCUUUCGAUUUCCAUAGUGUCUUAUAAUGGCCUUUGUUCAACCAGGACCAGGAUGUAGUGCACACUGUUCACGCUACAGUGAAGAGUUUCUGAUAUCUGUACCGAAGAUAAACAGUUUUUUUUUUUAUGUAACUGUAGUCUUUUGUAUAAUACAGAAAAUGUAAUUAACUUCUUAAAUUUCCAUAAAUAGGGGAAAUGUCUUGGUUGUUACUUCAAACUGCUUGAUUUGUAGUAUUGUACAUGAAACUAAGAUUUACCACAUUAUCAGCAACUCAGUAGUAAUCAACGUGGUAUUUUUAGCUAAUAGGACAAUUUGUGAAAAUGAUAUAAUUAUUACAUACGUAUUUCCAUUACCUUGGCCACCAAGUACAACUUGUGCAAGUAGCAUUUAACUGUUUUAUUUACAUAUUAAUUGUGCUGUUACUGCUUUGUCAGCACAAACUUUGGUAAUGAAUUCGAUUGGUCAGUUGAAUGGUCUGAAGCAAAUCCUGAGAAUUGAUUGGCUCUUCAUCGGGGUGAGGUGGCAUGACUGUGAGGUCUUUGUGGGUGGCCACAAUCGCCAAUGAGGUAUGCCACAGAAACAUAGCAGGGAGAUUGUAAUUAUAUUUAAAAA